UGUGCAGAGUGGAAGAAGAGAUCACCUCCUGGUACUUGUGUCAUGUACUCUGUGACAGCAUGCUGUGUGUAUCUGAACCUGGGAGAACCAUGUUGAUAUGAAGGAGGAAGAAGCAACAAGAAACCAUAUGGAAUCCAUUCAGAGCUGACUCGGGGUCUAAACUGCUCAUCAUCAUCACCAUCAUCACUCACAUUCAGGCCGUCCCACACGAUGCCCUUUGGGAGGAGCAGUGUUGGUCCUGUAGAGACCGGCCUGAGCAGCCGGCGGACAGAGGGCAGCAUGAGGAGCAGUGGUGGUGAAGGGGCCCUUGCUGCUCAGAACAUGAACAACUGCAACAAUAAUGAUGGUAAAAAAGACGACAAGAAGGAUGAGAAGAAAGACGAUAAAAAGGAUGACAAGAAGGACGCUAAAAAAGAAGAACCAAAGGAAGUGUGGAUCAUGGACCCAGCUACAGAUACCUACUACUACUGGCUGUGCACCAUAUCUGUCCCAGUGUUCUACAACCUGAUUUUCCUGGUGGCCAGGUCUUGUUUUAAUGAACUGCAGUCUGCAAAUGUAACGAUGUUGAUGGUUUUUGACUACAGCUCAGAUGUCCUCUACUGUAUUGACACCUUUGUGAGAGCCAGGACAGGUUUUCUGGAACAAGGUCUUCUUGUAAAGGAUGCAAAAAUCUUGAAAGAAAAGUACAUGAAGACCCGGCAAUUCAAACUAGACAUGAUAUCAGUGAUUCCCACAGAUCUCAUAUUCCUAAAAAUUGGCAUCAACAACCCCGAGUGGAGGUUCAACCGUCUCUUUAGGCUAGCCCGACUUUUUGAGUUCUUUGACAGGACAGAAACUCGAACAAAUUUCCCCAACAUCUUCCGAAUAGCUAAUCUUGUGCUCUACAUCAUCAUCAUUAUCCACUGGAACGGUUGCCUCUAUUUUGCCAUCUCCAAGGUCCUCGGAUUUGGCUCUGACACCUGGGUGUAUCCAGAUGGAAAGAACCCUGAGUUCAAACGCCUGGCAAGGCAGUACAUAUACUGCUUCUACUGGUCCACUCUCACCCUGACCACUAUCGGGGAAACGCCGCCUCCAGUUCGAGACAUUGAAUACUUUUUUGUGGUAGCUGACUUCCUCACUGGGGUUCUGAUCUUUGCAACGAUUGUAGGCAACGUUGGUGCCAUGAUUUCAAACAUGAAUGCAGCACGAGUGGAGUUCCAGGCCAAGAUUGACUCUAUAAAGCAAUACAUGCAAUUUCGAAAGGUCACAAAAGAUUUGGAGAUGCGAGUGGUGAAGUGGUUUGACUACUUGUGGACAGAGGAGAAAACGUGUGAUGAGAAGCUGGUGCUGAAGAACCUGCCGGACAAGCUCAAGGCUGAGAUAGCCAUCAACGUACAUCUGGAGACACUGAGAAAAGUGCGCAUCUUUCAAGACUGUGAGGCAGGUUUGCUUGUUGAGCUGGUCCUCAAACUUCAGCCUCAGGUCUUUAGUCCCGGCGACUACAUCUGUAAGAAGGGGGACAUUGGUAGGGAAAUGUACAUCAUCAAAGGAGGAAAACUGGCCGUAGUAGCAGAUGAUGGCGUUACCCAAUUUGUGGUCCUAAGCGAUGGGGCAUACUUUGGAGAAAUCAGCAUCCUGGGUAUCAAGGGCAGCAAAGCCGGAAACCGAAGAACAGCCAACAUCCGCAGUGUGGGCUACUCAGAUCUGUUUGCCCUGUCCAAAGACGACCUGAUGGAGGCGCUCAUUGAGUACCCGGAUGCUAAGAACUUGCUGGAGGAGAAGGGAAAAGCCAUUCUGAUGAAGGAUAAUCUCAUAGAUGAGUCACUGGUCGCUGCUACUGAUGCCAAAGACUUGGAGGACAAGGUCAACCGGGUGGAAGCCAGUGUGGAGAUCAUGUCAGCUAAAUUUAGAAAAAUGUCGGCCCAGUAUGAAUCGUCUCAGCGUAAACUGAAACAACGUCUCAGUAAUAUGUCCAACCAGGUCAGAACCCUCAGAGUAGACCACGAGUAGAGGCCUCCCCCAUGAUGCCGGUCUACUGUGGGACUCUUUACUCUGACCGAUGACAUGUCAGCAACAGCUGGACAGUGGCUGGUUCCUAUACAGAAUAUUAUGAGCAAAUCAUAAAAACAGAUAUUCCGACAUUUCAAUUCUUUACUGACUAUCUACCAGCUGGUACCAAAAUAGGCUAAUGCUCAAUUUCUGCUCAAAAUCCUUAGCUCAUCUCUCAAAAGUAAAUAUCUGUGUCACUGAACAUGUCAGUGCCAUCGGAGUGAUAAGUCCUUGUGUACAGUCAAAUUGCUUAGUCAGGUUGGCAGUUUACUAACAGUUUACUCUGGGGGUUCUAUUCUGAUGUAAACUAUGGCUAAAGUUUUGAUGACAGUUAUUGUAAAUUGUAAGUUACACCUUUGUUUAUGUGGGAGAUUGAUGCUAGAGACUGGACCAGAUUGACAUUUAAUUACUGUAAUUUGUUGACAGCCUUUCAUUGCAAUACAGAAAGGAAAAGACUAAAAAACAAAAGUACAAAUGUGAAAUGUGGAAAGAAUCUCUUGGAGUGUCUUAUCCAACCUCAUCACACGCUGCAUCCAUGGCAGCCAGAAGGGUCAUCUGUGUGUGUGGCUGGCCAUCAUAUACUUUACAUCUGCAAGCUGAGGAAAAUUUCUCAGUGGGGUUUAGGAAUCAGGAAUGUGUAUUGCCAUAGUCAGACAUACAAGGAAUUUGACAUGCAUUAUCGAAUGGGGAGUAGGUUGAGAGGAACUCCAUCAGCAUCCUGUUGUGGGUCGCAAACCAUCGCCUGAUGAUGUUGGAGCGAUGGAAAGUGACAUUGUGCCAAACUAUCACGUACUUUGGCAAGUCAUCUCCAUCUGUCCCUCCCUGGUUCAAGGAUGAGAUCCCUGUAGAUUGUGUGUAAAAAGGUGACAAGAUUAUAUGGCCCAAUAAUGUGUGCACAGAAAUGACUUAUCUUAUCAGGAACACGCAUAUGUCCUCGACCUUUUCUGCUUCUUCCUGUUUUGCCUCCCAACUCCUCUUCCUCUUCUCACUGACUGUUGCCCCCGUCCAAUUCUUUGUCCUUCCAUUGUCAGACAUUGUAACAUUGUGUUGUGCUCAGGCUAUAUAUACUUAUACGGUAUUUGAUGGUUUACGAGAUUCACAAUCGUUAAAGAAAUUCAAGAUUCACCCAGGAGCAAUUUACCAAUUUAGGACAGAUUUAUAAAAAAAGUAAUGUAUAGAAAUAUGCUUGACAUAUUAUGACAACUUGUUCAGCCAUUUUGCAUAUAAAGACUUCUGGAUGAACUAAUGCCUAAAUCUUGAGGGGGGUGAGACUAUUCAACAGAGACCCAUUACAAUACAUUUUGAUCAACAUGACAAAAGCAAUCGACAAUGUAGGAAACCGCAGAGAAUUGUACAUACUCAUUUGCAUGGUUGUACCAAAUUAUUUGCAACUUGUUCAAAGAAAUUGAAGAAACUGCUUUUUUUUAUGUUCCCAAGUGACACAAUGAUGUGAAGAUUGAACAGGUAGUUUUGAGAAUGUCAAUUCUGAUCGAAGAAAUGUACCAAAGCAACUUUAGCUCAAGGACCUCUGACUACCUCUCAGCAUACAUCCUUCGUUCUAACCCUGUACUCCUCGCGGUCUGAAGGGAACAAGGGAAGGGUCCACCUGCUGUGCUUUGUCCAACGUGCCUUCUGUCGCAUUUAGGGGCAUUUUCGUUUGCACUACACGCCGAUGGUUAUGAAAAUCAAUACUGUUGACCUUUAUCUAGUUAUCUAGUCUUUGCACGUGUAACACGUCAUACUUAUCACAACCACUGGUUCUGGUUCUGAGGAUAAAGCCUACAGAUGGGUCACAUGGUACAGCCUCACAGGUAACACUCUGAGCCUUGUUCCAGCCAGAGCUUAGGGAGAUAAGUACAUUUCUGGUUCCUGAAGUACACGUAGGACAGAAGCCAUUCCGUGCUAAGCUACACAGACUGGGAUCAACAAUAACGAGCCCAUCAUGGGGACAUUCAGGACCUGUUGACUCAAAUCAGAGAGGAAGGAGACACCCGUUGGAAAAAAGCUGUCAUCUUUAUUUAGCAUGUUUUCACAACACUGAAUACUUACAGCCUUUCAUCAGUAUCUUUUUGUAUCUUUUUGAAUGCAACGUUUCAGUCGGACCAGUUGAUGAAAACGGCUUUCCUUUCCAGGGUCAGGUUGACCUUUCACCUUUUAGCUCCACGUGGCUGUAAAGCCGUUUCACAUGUUCACGUGAGCAGCAUCAAAAUGAAGACACAGAGUAAUGUUAAAUAGCUGAGAGUAGACCUGGGCUCAAUAACUAGUCGUCCUUAACCUUUGUCUGAAUAGAUACAUACAGGUUAAUGCAGCAAUACAACAACAUCCAGGCGUUAAUCAAACAAAACAUACAGUAUUCUGCAGUAACUCCACAUCAGUCCAUGCAGAGCCCGAAGGGCCUCUUGCAUCACAUACCCAGGUCUGACCAUGAGGAAGUAAGAGCAACAGAACAGAGAAUGGCUCGGGGUUAGUGUGUACUGCACUGUGGGUACCAUCAGAAUACACAGACCCCCUGCAGACACAUUAGUGGGGCAGCAGGAAGUCAGUCCUUCUCCAAAGACGUUAAAGAUCCUUGCCUGUCGGAAAGCUAGCUCCGGAGUCAUGAACUUCUCAUGGUAACACAGGGGUGUGUGAUGAGAAAAGGUGACCUCUGGCGCCUAGUCCAUGACCUUUGACCUCUUCCCACUGGAUGCUGUGGGUAGUUCUAGACAGCAGAUGAAGACUACCAAUGUAUGACCACUUGGUUCCCUCUGACUGAAGAUCCAUAUGUAGUGAUGACUCAGGAGCCUACUUCAUGUACUCAUUGGGACAAUGGCAUGUGGCUGAAAGCUCGGAGAGGCUUCACCAUAUAAUUAUAUACCUAAAAAGGAGGGGAAACAGUUCACACAGCAACGUGCAGGGUUAACAAAUAUGUUUCUUCAAGUCCAUCCCAACAAUCUGAACCACUCAUUUGGACGUUAACUAAAGCAAAGAGUCAAAGGGUGUGUGCAUGUCUCUCAUUACUCAACAUGUUCUAAUUCCUGCUAUGCUUUGGGAUUUGGGGGUGUAUUUCUCACACUGGCCUCCACUUGGUAUAACAAUUUAGAAACAUUCUAAUGAAUCACAAUGAACAUCCACCCCGGUGUUAAACUGCCACAGUUUGGAAGUACAUUUUAGGUGAAGUGGCACUAAAAUAAUCCAACUCUUGGCUCCGCCUGGGUGAUCCUCGUAUGGCUACAGCUAUUCUAAUAUAAAAAUUAAAAGGUUGGCUGUGAUGUAAGUCGUGUAGAAGACUCAGUUUCAAAUAAGUGGUUUAACGGAUUGAAGAUGUGGGUCAGAUGACUUUGAUGGUGCUCGCCACUGAUAGUCUGUGUGGACCAAUUCCGUCAGAACCACAGUGGAAGAAGUUUGUACAGACUCUCACCCGUUUCUACUUGGCUCAGAUAGAUCCCAGUGAUGUGUCCACACAGUACGGCUCGUAAUGGUAUCAAUACACAGGUCAACUUGUGGAGCCGAUCUCUUUGUUCAGAUUGUGCUUAGACUACUAUCCUCACCUGGCCCGCCGCCGGAUCAGGCCUUGUGAACACACAUACACACAUCCUGGAUGUAGAUGACUACAGAUGAUCAGGUACCAUCAACAUAUGGGGCUUGACCUAUCAGCUAUCUCAGAGCACAUCAGCAGUGACUGGUCCACAGGUGUACACCCUCCCAAAGGUGUCGUAGCUCCAACCGCACAGAUAUAUAAAUAUUGGUUUUAUUUUGAAUCGUCAACACAGGAAGACAUGGAAAUAAAAUGCUUCAAAAAAUUCCGGCAGCCUGUGGCCAAAAAAAAAAAAAA